GUGUAACAAUCAUCCCGACUAUGAUCACGACUAUACCCACACUUUCAGGAGUGAAUGCCUCACACAAUGACCAGGUCUGCAGCACAUGGGGUAACUAUCACUUCAAGACCUUCGAUGGGUACUUUUUCCAGCUCCCCUCUACCUGCAACCAUGUUGUGACCUCACUGUGUAAGAGCAGCUAUGAGGCUUUCAACAUCCAGAUGAGGCGGCAGGUGGUGGACAACCAGCCCACCAUUAGCAAGAUCACCAUGAAGCUGGAUGGUGUAGUGGUGGAGCUAUCCAAGGGUGUUGUUGUGGUCAAUGGGCAGACGGUGACCCUGCCGUUCAGCUUGUCUGGAGUCAGCAUCAUGAAGACUACAUCCAAUGUGAAGGUCGUAGCCAAACUGGGGCUGGUUGCUGUUUGGAACAAGGAUGACUCCCUAAUGAUUGAAAUUAACGAUAAGUACAGAAACCAGACCUGCGGACUCUGUGGUGACUUCAAUGAAGUCCAAACAUACAACGAAUUCAUCAUCAAUGGUGGGAAACUCUCUAGCUCUGACUAUGGAAACCUCUGGAAACUGGAUGGUCCUCUGGAAGUCUGUGAGGAGCCUACACUAACUUCUGAGGAGAGUUGUGGAGAUGAGGAAUUUUGUCAGCAGCUGUUCUCCAGCGCAGCUUUCAGUAGCUGCACUAAUUAUUUGGACAAGGACGCCUUCGUCGAGACCUGCCUGGCUGACCUGUGCCACUGUGAUAACAGCACCAACUCCUUCUGCCUGUGCAACACCAUCUCAGAGUACUCCCGUCAGUGUGUUCAUGCAGGGGGGAAGCCCCAGCAAUGGAGGACUGAACAGUUCUGCUAUAAGACAUGCCCCGACAACAUGGAGUACCAGGAGUGUGGAAACCCCUGUGUUGACACCUGCUCCAACCCAGAGGCCAGACAGUUGUGUGAAGACCACUGUACAGGCGGCUGCUUCUGUCCUCUAGGUACUGUUUUUGAUGACGUCAACAACAGUGGCUGUAUUCCAGUGAGAGAAUGCCUUUGUGUCCACAAUAGACAAGUAUACAAAUCUGGAGAAUCUUACACCAGCAACUGUAAAGAAUGCACCUGUGCUGGUGGUCAGUGGACCUGUACAGACAAGGACUGUCCUGGGACCUGCUCUGUGGUGGGAGGAUCCCACAUCAACACCUAUGAUGGGAAAGCCUACACCUUCCAUGGGGACUGCUCUUACAUUCUGACCAAGCAAUGCAAUGGAACUGAAUUCACCGUGCUGGGAGACAUUGUGAAGUGUGGGUUGACUAACACUGAGACGUGUAUGAGGGCUGUUACCCUUGCCCUCUCCAGCAGAUCCACCGUGAUCCGAGUCCAGUCAUGUGGAAGUGUUUUUGUAAAUCAGAUUCUUUCUCAGGUCCCACUCUAUACAGCUGAAGUGACCGUCUUCAAGCCCUCCUCAUUCUACAUUGUUAUCCAGACAACUCUUGGAGUUCAACUUCAGAUCCAGCUUUCACCAGUUAUGCAGAUCUACAUAACUGCCAUCUCAUCCUACAAAGGAACAACCUGUGGCCUUUGCGGAAACUACAAUAAUGUUCAGGCAGAUGAUUUCAGAGUCAUCAGUGGAUUGGUGGAGGGCACAGCUGUAGCUUUUGCCAACACAUGGAAGACCAUGUCUAGCUGCCCUGAUGUCAAGACUAGCUUUGAAAACCCCUGCAGUUUGAGCAUUGAAAAUGAGAAAUAUGCCCAGCACUGGUGUUCCAUGUUAUCAGAUCCUAAAGGAGUGUUCUCGCCUUGCCAUUCUGAAAUAAGACCUGACACCUACAAAACCAAUUGCAUGUAUGACAGCUGUAACUGUGAGAAGAGUGAGGACUGCAUGUGUGCUGCCGUCUCCUCUUAUGUCCACGCUUGUGCUGCCGAGGGUAUCCAGCUCACUGGCUGGAGAGACACUAUCUGCAAUACAUUUGCCACUUGCCCCAGUCAAACAGUUUAUACCUACAACAUGACCAGCUGUGGACGCACCUGCCGCUCCCUGAGCAUGACAGACCAAUCUUGCCAGGUGGAGUUUGUUCCAGUGGACGGAUGUGGCUGUGCAGAGGGCACCUACAUGGACGAGGCUGGCCAGUGUGUUGCCCCCACCAACUGUCCCUGCUAUGACAAGGGCUCGGUGGUCCCUGCAGAAGAGACUAUCAGCAGAGACGGUGCCACCUGCACUUGCAGACAAGGGACACUGAGUUGCACUGGGGGAGCAAGACUAUUUAUAUGCACACUGCCAAUGGUUUUCUUCAACUGCUCAACUGCACCUCCAGGAGCUUCAGGUUCAGAGUGUCAGAAGAGCUGCAAAACUCUGGACAUGACCUGUGACUACUGUGGCAAUACUAAUGGCAGUGGCAGCUUCAGAGUCCUCACUGAGAACGUUCCUUGUGGAACUAAAGGCACCACCUGCUCCAAGACCAUCAAGCUCUUCCUGGGGACCAGUGAGCUCAUACUGGCAGAUGGGAACGCUCAAGUUGUCAGGAGUACUCCAGAAGAGCAGUUUCCUAAACAGAUCAGCCUUCUGGGGAAUUAUCUGGUCAUUGAAGUCAAAAGUGGUCUAAUCCUCAUGUGGGACAAGAAGACCAGUCUCUUUAUCAAGCUUAGCCCACAAUACCAGCACCAGGGAUAUGUGAAAGACAAGUCUGACCUCUCCCCUCUCUGGGCCGCAAGUGACUGA